AUGACUGCUGCGCCGCCCUUGGGGUGGUGCAGCAGAAAGGGUGCUGUGGAGCUCCUGGUUCGGCAUGGUGCAGGGGUGAAUGCCCAGGUCAAAGGUUUUUCGAAAUUUUGUCCCAUCCAUGCAACUGCAGCCACGGGAGCUCCAUGCGACGUGGUCACCAAGUUGCUGGAGCUCCAAGCUGAUGUGCAUGGGGGAAAAGGAGGACUUGCCAGUGCCUCACCUUUGCAUUUGAUCGCACUGUGCGGCGACUCUGGCAACGAACUGAGGAUGACACAGCUGCUCCUGAAGAGCAGGGCAGACAUCAAUCAAGUUUGCCAGCCAGAGGGCUUUAUGAGGAAAGCUGAAUUGGUUUCCAGGGCUUACAGCCACUGCAGAAGAAACAGAAGAGAGCCAAACCUGCUCGUGCAAUAUUUCAGGGAUAGCAGCACUACACCGUUGGGUUGGUCUGUGAUCUUCAGCAAUGAUGGUCUUUUGGCUUUCCUGCUGAGGGCACGGGCAGACCCGGAGAUCCGGAACAACCGAGGUCUCCGACCCAUCGACUUUGCCACUUCCACGAGAAUCCAGCAAAUUCUUCACGACCCCACCACACAUAUCUACCUCCUGGAGCACAACUCUGAGCUCACCAGCGAAAGUCUAUGA